AUGAAGCGAAAUCGACCAAGCGGGUCUCCGCAACGAAAAAUUAAGAAGGCAAGAGAAAAGUCAGCUGAGGCGAUGUCUGGAUCAAUUUUAAAAUAUGUUGCACCUUCAACAUCUACCGCAGUAGGAGAAAGUGCUGAAGACGUUCAGUCUGUUGAAUCCAGAGAUGAAAUGCCUGAAGUAUCUUCUCAAGAAGCUUCACAUGUGAAAGUGCAAGAAUUGGAGAAGAUCAUUUUAUCUUCAAGCGUGAAAGUGAUGUAGAUGAAGGAGAUGCCAGCAGAAGCCUGCAUCAGCAAGACUCUGAUGAUGAUGAUGAAGAAGAAGAGGAGACUGUUCGACUGUCAGUUUAUUCUGAUGUUGCUGCUUGGCCAGUUCCAGAUGUUUUAAGAGUGGACCUUAUUAAGAGGGGAAGUGAACCUUUCCAAAAUAGAGAUGGGUCAUUCAGUCCUGUUGAAAGGCAAGGAGAGAAAUCAAAAGGGAAGAGUCGACAGCUGACCACUGCAUUGUUCUAUAAGGCUCUGCCUAAUGGUGAAAAAAUUCAUAGAACGUGGAUGGUGUACUCUCCAUCAAAACAAAGUUUGUUUUGUUUUUGCUGCAGACUUUUUGCUGUUGAUGACAAAGUAACAGGGGCAUCCAGUUUUGUUACUGGGUUUCUAUUGUGGUGGAAGCUGAACCCAAAGGUGUCUGAUCAUGAGGCUUCUGAGCAGCAUCUUACAUGCUUGGAGAAAUGGAAGACCUUGAGAGCAGGAUUGAAGCUACAAAAAUGCCUUGAUCAUGUCCAUCAAACAACAGUGGACAGAGAGAAAAAGAAACGGAGGGAUAUUUUGCAUCACCUUUUGGAUGUAACUUUGUUUCUGGCUCAUCUUCCCUUUCGUGGUCCUAGAGAGACCAUGUCAUCCGCAAACAAAGGCAACUUCCUCGAAUUCGUAGAAUUGCUCUCAAACUAUGUUCCCAUUUUAAAGGAACAUUUCAUGAGGCUGAAACAUGCUGUUGCAUCUGGAAAGAGAAUGACUUCCUAUUUCUCUCCAAAAAUUCAGAAAGAAUUAAUUUGUCUUUUGGGAAAUCAUGUGAAGGACAAAAUAGUGGCUGAUAUCAAGAAAGCAAAGUACUUUGGGAUUCUUUUUGACAGCACUCCUGAUGUGUCCCACACUGAUCAGAUGUGUGAAGUGAUCAGAUAUGUUCAUAUUGAAGGGGACCAUGUUGAAGUAAAUUAA